AUGGAACUUUGUACAAUGGGAAGUUACAAGGCAGUAAGAAUAAUUGGGGUGGUGAUGUUGCUUUCCUGGGCCCCAACUGUAUAUGCGUUUAUAGAAUGCUCCACAGUUACUCAAUAUUUCUCUGCAUGCUCCAUCUUCAUCACCUAUGGCUCCCCAGACCCCAUUCCAGGGUCUCCUUGUUGUGAUGCCAUGUCUGGCUUGAAAACCAUUGCUAACAUUGGUGAUAAUAGACACUAUGUUUGUAGAUGCUUAAUGGGCCUGAUUGACACUUUCAACCCAAACGCCACAGCUAUAGGCAUCUUGCCAGGUUUAUGUGGUAUCUCUUUGGGCUUCAUUAUUGGGCCCAAUAUAGAUUGUAAGUUUCCUGUGUUUUUCCAGGAUCAUUUAGAAAUAGUUGUUAAAGGAUCUAUUAGCACUUAUGGGAAAUUUUAA